AUGUCCCUCCCCGUCCCCCACCAUGCCCGCCUCAAGUGCAUCCAGCAACCCCCGCCCGAGCAUGGGCCCAUCUUCCAUGCCUACCGCUUCGUCGUCGACGUCCCUAGGGAGCAAUCGGAGGCCGGCGCAUUCGGCAUGUGGAAGCAAGCCCAGUUUCUCCAAUACUCCUCUCUCGACCAUAACAACAUCCCGACCCGCAGAGUAGGGCUCGCCCGCCGCGGCACGCUCGCCAAAGACGCCAAGCUAGAAAUAACCGUAGAACCCCUCGUCAAGCAAGAGCCACAACAUUGGCCUAACCACCUCUUCGACAGCGCCAGGAAUGAACCCUAUCCGUACGCGGAAUGGUACACUCCCCAGGGAAGAAUAGCAGACCCAGGCUGUGAGGAAUGGAUACAAGAGAUCAAAUUCCAUGAAGAGAUGCGGGACGCGAUGGGCAGACCCACGAGAUAUGUCAAGCACAAAGAGGGCAAGAGUAGCGUCUGCUUUCGGCACAAGGUCAUACCGACGGAAUGGUUGAAUGGACCGCCUGUGUCUAGUGCCGCGGCUUCACGUCCUUCCACGCUUCCCACUCGUCCUCCUCCCUUGCACCAACUUCCAAGUCCCUCUGACACAGAUGUCCGGCGCGGUCCGGAACCACAUCAACCUAGUACUGAUAGCACUCGCGAGGCGCCCGGUCUUGCGCAGAAUUCUCAGCUUCGCGGACCUCCCGUCCCGCAUCGUCUCCCUCCAACUGCUCCCCAUCGUGUUCUUUUCUCAGAGCAUCGCUCUCCAUCUUCCGGCUCGCAGAAGCGCGACUACAGACGCUCUCCUACAAGAGAUCCGCCUGCGCCGAAAAGACAAAAGUUCGAUCACGGUAACUCUUCUCAGAACUCGCGCGAGGAAUCGCUGCUGCGUGAGCAUCCCAUCUGGGGGCGACCCGAAGCUCGAGGCAGUGAGGUCAAUCAACUUACCCAGACCUGCCCCCAUCUAUCGUAUGCUAUGGCUUCUGUCACCCAUCCUGCCCAGGCUUUUUCGGAGACAGAUGGCCCCAAGCCUACACACCCCAGCAUCCAUGAUCCAUCCUCGCGGUCGAAACAACCUACCCCUGUUCCUCCCACUCCCCCGCUUUCGGCUGUUCUCUCUUUACCUGCUGCGCCUCCUUCCCGUCCCCUGACGCCUCCUCUGCCCCCCGCAGCCCUUCUUCCUGCGCCUACCUCUACCACCUCAGAACCUGACGCUGAUCUUGACAAGAUCGUCCACGACCCCAAGUCUGUUCGGACCGGCCCUCCCAAGCCCUCGGCUCCGGUGCAAGAACGCCUGGCGUACAGACAAGCUCAAUUGGAAGAAUGGGAAAAGAUGGCGUGUCAGUUUCCGGACCUAAGAGAGAUAAUCGAAUGGCAAAUUUCAAAGGUGGGGAAGCAGUUGGAGGUGUUGAGGGGCGAGAUGGAACCAUGAGAUCGCCUCCUAAGCUUGUUGUAUAUUUUGUCUCACUUUUGAGCGAACGCCCAUACCAGUCUCUUCUACAAAAUGUUUCUAUAAUUUAAUCCCUGUACACUGUAUCCUUGGCCAAUUUGUUGGCUGGUCCCGCCGCAAGCGAGCUUCACUGGGCCCAUAUAAUGAGCAAGUCUUCCCAUCAGCAUGCAUCCCAUGACCCACCAAGCUUCAAAGCCGUUAAGGGUUGUUGGGCUGUGGGGCAGGCUGUGGUUGAGGUUGAGCGGGACGUGGACGAAUUGGGGGCACCGGACGUGCAGGGCGCGUUGGCGGGUCUGUGGGUGGCGAAGGGGACAUCUUGAUGUUCGAGCGUCUGUUUGUUCAAGAAAGGGGAUGAUUACGCAUACUUAUAUAUUCCUUAUCCGCGAGGAUCUACAGGGUGAAAG